CACGCUGAUUUCUUACUCAAUCAGUAUAAGACAGUGAGCGUAGUUAACUGGGUGGUGAUUUGAAAGCAAGUGAAUUUUUAUUAAAUUUUCAUUUGAUCGGAGUUUAGGUGAAUCGUGGUAAAUUGAUUUUAGUUCAGGCAAAAGGACAUUAUCCUAGCUCUGCUGUCACAUGAACAUACUAAACUUAAUUAGUAAUGUCUUAAAGCGUGGAUGUCUAGGUGAAGAAUACGGGUUAUAGUGUUGACAAAGAUAAUGUACAGACGGGGUGAUGAUUAUGAUGAAGUCGAAGAUGAUAGUGAUGAUGAUGUAGGGAUAGGAAUUAGGAUGAAUGGAUCCUGUAGAAGAUAUACACCAAUACCACAAGAUGAGGAAGAAUUAUACCCCGUUCUACCCGAAGAUAAAGAUAGUCCGGACCCUGAAACAGCCUUGAACGAAGCCAGGAUGGAUUUAGGGUUCACAUCGCCCAAAAAACAGAGUCGAAACAUCUUAGAAAAAACUUUUUACAGGAAGAAAAAGACAAAGCCUAAGGUGAACCGAUCAUAUUUGAUCAAAAGAUCGUUAGAGAAAUGUCGCGAUUAUUUACCGGAUUCUUGUGAAUGUACCACUCAGUGCUUAAAGAAUUUUUUCUGUAGGAUAUUUCCGUUUAUUAGGAUUAUGCAAGGAUAUAGUUUAUUGUAUGAUUUUCCUAGUGAUUUAGUUGCUGGAUUAACUAUCGGAAUAAUGCACAUACCUCAAGGUAUGGCUUACGCCUUAUUAACUCAGCUUCCCCCUGUUUAUGGUUUAUAUACAUCGUUUUAUCCUGUUUUAACAUAUUUUCUAUUUGGUACAUCUAGACAUGUAUCAGUUGGUACCUUUGCUGUGAUAAGUUUGAUGGUGGGUGCUGUAGUAGAUAAAGGUCACGUAGCCUACCAGAAGUUAGAACUACUUCACGUAGAAGCAAUGGCGGCCAAUUUGACGUCUGAUCACCCAAUGCUAAAUACGACUUUUCUGGAUGGUAAAAAUCAUCUAGAGAAACUUGAAGAGAUUAAAGUAUCCUAUGCCAUGUCUGUUACAUUCGCUGUAGGGGCAUUACAAAUGAUACUAGGAUUUCUGAGGCUGGGUUUUGUUACGACAUUUUUAUCCGAUCCCUUAAUUAGUGGUUUUACAACUGGAGCUGCCGUCCAUGUUUUCUCUAGUCAAAUCAAGUCAGCUUUUGGUAUUGUUGUUGGUAGAUAUAGUGGUCCUUUAAAACUUGUUUAUGCAUAUCGUGAUUUCUUCAACAAUCUACAUAACGCCAAUUUUGUAACCAUGACAGCAACAAUAGUAGCAAUCUGUGCCUUGAUAACCAUAAAGGAAGGAAUUAACAAUAAUAAAUCUAUUAAAAGUAAACUCAGGAUACCCAUCCCUAUAGAAUUAUUAGUGAUUGUGGGAGGAACUGUAAUAUCAUUUUACCUCCAUUUAAAUAAAGAAUUUAAUGUGGAGAUCGUGGGAGAAGUGCCUAGAGGUUUACCACCUUUGAAUGUAGAACAGUUACGGUUUGUUCCCGACCUCAUUGGGGAAUCAUUCGCCAUUUGUUUUACAGCCUUCGCCAUUUCAUUCGCCAUGGCUAAAAUAUUAGCUGAUAAACAUAAUUAUGAAGUGGACGCUAAUCAGGAAUUACUAGCAUAUGGUAUCUCUAAUAUGAUUGGUUCUAUGUUUUCGUCAUUUUGUUGUGCCAGUUCGUUAUCGCGUUCAAUGGUGCAAGACAACGUUGGCGGUAAAACUCAGGUGACGAGUCUUGUAUCUAGUCUGUUGGUGAUAAUAGUUCUAGUCUCGCUUGGUCCAGUAUUUGAAACACUGCCAAAUUGUAUAUUGGCAGCUAUCAUUAUCGUGUCGUUAAAAGGUCUGUUUCUACAAUUUAAAGAGCUCAGAAGAUUGUGGAAAACAUCAAAAGUAGAUUUUUGUGUAUGGAUCGUUGUAUUUUUAAGUACUGUUUUAUUGGAUGUUGAUUUAGGUUUAUUAGUUGGACUAAUAUUUAACCUAAUACCAGUUUUAUUACGGACACAAACGCCGUACACUAGUUUACUGGGUAAUGUUGAAGGUACGGAUGUUUAUGCUGAUAUCAGUUUACAUAAACAGGCCAAAGAGAUUCCUGGUAUUAAAAUAUUCCGAUUUGAAUCCGCACUAUAUUAUGGAAAUAUCCAACAUUUCCGUAAACGAUUAAUCAAAGAUACGGGCUUGGAUCCUAAAGCUUUAAAGCAAUUAAAACAAGCUAAGGCCGAAGCUGAUAUGGCGAAACAACACAAAGAGAUUUGUAUGGCGACUAAAACAGCGUGGAAUGAUGAACCAUGUAACCAUAGUGAUACAGAUCACCAACCAGAUACAGAGGAUGAGCGUGAGGUUGAUCCAUACGCCAUUAUUCUAGACGGUUCCACCAUACAGUAUAUAGAUUCGGUUACCGUUAGAGUUCUCAAAGAAAUUGUACAGGAAUUUGCGGCUGUUGAUGUUGAAGUAUUUCUAGGAGAAUGUAAAGCGGCAGUACGAGGAAUGUUGGAUAAAUCUGGAUUUUAUAAACAUGUACCUAGACGACAAGUUUGUGCUACAAUACAUCAUGCUGUUAGAAUAGCUCAACGAUCUCACGUCCUAACGCCAGAUCAAGAGUUCCAUACACUUAGACAAAAAGCUGCCUCUAUGGAUACUAUAGGAAGUGAUUACGUGAUGGCACCAGAAUCAAGUUUUGUAAAUUUAGAAUUACUUACAUCUAAUAAUUCUAGUGAAGAUGAUUCAGAUGAAAGACGUAAAGAUAUAUCGUAAACACGGUGUAUGAUGUGUAAAGGAAGGUCGUGCAGAUGUACGCGUGUAAAUAUACUAUGUACAUAAAACUUGUAUAUAGUUAAUUAUAAGGGUGAUAUAGAAUAUCAAGUGAAACUAUAAUAGACGAAAUACGACACAUUAGACAAACGUAAAUUUGACGAUUAUGUGAUGGAUAAAUUUGUUUUGCCGUGAUAAAAUAUUGAACUGACAUCGUGAACUAUAUUCAGCUAAGAAGGUAGUUACCAUAAAAUAUCUGCGUCCGAUAUCUGAACGAAUCAGCCAUAGUGUUAUUGUUUCUGAAAAUUACAAAUAGGUUCGUGUAAUCAGAGUUCUACAUUGUGAUCUACGUGAUAGGUUUAAUUUCCCCAUGAUAUUGGUCAUUGCUAUAUGGUGUGUAUAUUUCCCAAUUUAGUGGUUAUGCCAGGGCUUGCUUACAGCUUUAUUUCUAAAGUCGUCAUCAGCUUGGGUAUUGUCGAUAUUGUAUGUCGAUGGUAUCCAAUUAUAUGUGGUCGGUAACGUAUGUGGUCAUUUUGCUUAAAUAGAGGCAAGAUAAAUAUGUAGAUAAAUUGUAUAUAGUUAUGAAUUUAUUGCUCAAUGUAUAUAUUUGUAUUGUUUUGAAAAUUGCUGUUAUAUUGAUCUAUGUUCAUGUAUGAAAGAGAUUAUUUUUCAUAAAAUAAGAAAGAACAAUGCAGUGGACUACUGCUGGCCGUGCACCCGUUUGUGCAUGUAGAUAAACAAAAUGUGCGGCGAAUUUGUUAAAGCCUCGAGACUAUUGAUAUUAGUUGAACGGAUGUUGUCUUUCAUGACCGGUUUUAGUAUUUCUGUUAUAGCACGGCAAGGUUUAUAUUUAUCCGAGAGCUUGAAAGGAAAUGAAAAUAAAAUGAAACGAAAUAUGUACGAAAAAAUAUGUUAGGACUGUAUACAGUCUAAAUAUAACACGACCCUUAUUAGUGUGAAUUAAACUGACAUAUUUUAUGGAUAAAUGUAAAGAGUAUGUAAUAAUCUGUUUAAAGUAAAUUGUACAUAUAAGUUAUAUUUAAAGAGAAAAUGAUAUAAACUAUGAUAUGUAUAUACAAUAUAGAUAAAUUAUUCUCAU